CAAAUCGAUGAGUACCUGAAGCGAACACUUCAAGAAGACUUAACAGUGAUGGCCCCGGGUCUUUUCGUGCAGGCAGUUCGAGUGACCAAACCAAAAAUCCCGGACGCGAUUCGACGAAACUACGAGGCGGUGGAGGGUGAGAAGACCAAAUUGCUUAUCGCCACACAGAGACAAAAAGUGGUAGAACGUGAGGCGGAAACGGAGCGUCGCAAAGCAGUGAUAGAGGCCGAGAAACAGGCUGAGGUGUCGGCGAUCGAGUGGCGCGCGAAACUUGCCGCCCAGGAGAACGAGCGACAGAUCAGUGCGAUCGCGGACGCCACGCAGUUGGCUCGAGCAAAAGCCCAGGCGGAUGCGGAAUACUACCGAGCGAUGCGGGAAGCCGAAUCCAGUCGACUUCGUCUGACUCCAGAGUAUUUGGAGUUGGCCAAGUUUCAGGCGUUGGCGAACAAUGCCAAGAUCUAUUUCACCGGUAGUCAAACAAAUCUGCUCACAGAAUUGCUCAGCCACUUGAAUUCCCAACAGUCGAAUGCAUCGGAAACACCGUGA